GAGCUCUGUGGGCGGGGCGAACCAGCCUGCAGGUCCCGGGAUAGAAUCACAGAGCCUCGGGUGGGCCUCUCCCGGAAGCGAGAGGGUUGAAGUUGAGUAUGCUAGGUCCUGGUUGCGGGCCUUAGGGAAGACAAGGCUGGGGCAGAGAUCGCGCCUGUUGUCCCUUCACUGACUGACAUUUCCUUUACCCAGGUCCCCACAUCAGGGCUAGAAGGAGCCCGAGUUCCCUAGGGAUCUGUGGAAACUGCCCCGUGACUGUUGGAGAAGAUGCCGUAUCUUGGCUCCGAGGACGUGGUGAAGGAGCUGAAGAAGGCUCUGUGUAAUCCUCACAUUCAGGCUGAUAGGCUGCGCUAUCGGAGUGUCAUCCAGCGAGUGAUUAGGCACAUGACUCAAGGGGUGGACAUGUCUGGUGUUUUCAUGGAAAUGGUGAAAGCUAGUGCCACUGUAGAUAUUGUUCAGAAGAAGUUAGUUUAUCUCUACAUGUGUACCUACGCUCCUCUGAAACCAGAUCUAGCUCUCCUGGCCAUCAAUACACUGUGCAAAGACUGUUCAGACCCCAACCCGAUGGUACGAGGGCUGGCAUUAAGGAGCAUGUGUAGCCUCAGGAUGCCUGGUGUGCAGGAGUAUAUCCAACAGCCAAUUCUCAAUGGUCUGCGGGAUAAGGCUUCGUAUGUCAGGAGGGUAGCAGUCCUUGGCUGUGCCAAGAUGCAUAAUCUUCAUGGAGACUCUGAAGUGGAUGGUGCCCUGGUAAAUGAAUUAUAUAGUUUGCUGCGCGACCAGGAUCCAAUUGUGGUUGUGAACUGCCUGAGGUCUCUAGAGGAAAUUCUGAAACAGGAAGGAGGUGUUGUGAUCAAUAAGCCCAUCGCCCACCAUCUCUUAAAUCGAAUGUCAAAACUGGACCAGUGGGGCCAGGCUGAAGUCUUGAACUUUCUGCUCCGUUACCAACCCCGAAGUGAGGAGGAGCUGUUUGACAUUCUCAAUCUCUUGGACAGUUUUCUCAAGAGCAGCAGCCCAGGCGUGGUGAUGGGAGCAACCAAACUCUUUCUGAUCUUGGCCAAAAAAUUCCCCCACGUACAGACGGACGUGCUCAUGCAAGUCAAGGGCCCUCUGCUGGCUGCCUGUUCUUCAGAGAGCCGAGAGCUCUGCUUUGCUGCCCUCUGCCAUGUGCGCCAGAUCCUGCACAGCUUGCCGGGUCACUUCAGCAGCCACUACAAGAAGUUUUUCUGCUCCUAUUCGGAGCCGCACUACAUCAAGCUCCAGAAGGUGGAGGUGCUGUGUGAGCUGGUGAACGACGAGAAUGUGCAGCAGGUGCUGGAGGAGCUUCGGGGGUACUGCACCGACGUGUCCGCCGACUUUGCGCAGGCCGCCAUCCUCGCCAUUGGUGGCAUCGCUAGGACCUACACGGAUCAGUGUGUGCAGAUUCUAACAGAGCUGCUGGGGCUUCGACAAGAGCACAUUACCACGGUGGUGGUGCAGGCUUUCCGAGACCUGGCGUGGCUGUGUCCUCAGUGCACGGAAGCUGUGUGUCGGGCCCUGCCCGGCUGUGAGGAGAACAUCCAAGACAGUGAGGGGAAGCAGGCACUUAUCUGGUUACUCGGUGUCCAUGGGAAGAGAAUCCCCAAUGCUCCUUAUGUGUUGGAAGACUUCAUAGAGAAUGUGAAGUCAGAGACGUUCCCAGCUGUCAAAAUGGAGCUGCUCACAGCUGUGCUGCGCCUCUUCUUCUCUCGCCCGGCCGAAUGCCAGGACAUGCUAGGCCGCUUGUUACACUACUGCAUAGAGGAAGAAAAGGACAUGGCAGUACGAGAUCGAGGUCUCUUCUAUUAUCGCCUCCUCUUAGCUGGCAUCAGUGAAGCAAAGCAGAUCCUGUGUAGCCCUAAAUCUGACCCUUCCCUCAGACUUUUGGAGGAUCAGGCAGAAAGACCUGUGAACAGCUGGGCCUUGGACUUCAACACUCUGGUGCCAGUAUACGGCAAAGCCCGCUGGGCAACCAUAUCUAAAUGCCAGGGAGUAGAACAUCAUGGCCCAGAGCUUCCUAACACUGCAGCCUUUCCCACAUCAGGUCCCCUGAUUCCUGAAGAGAACAAGGAGAGGGUUCAGGAACUCCCUGAUUCCGGAGCCCUCAUGCUCAUCCCCAAUCACCAGCUUCCUGCUGAGUGUUUUGAGAAAACUUGGCUGAGCCUCAAAGUUGCUCAUCAGCAGGUGUUCCCGUGGCAGGGAGCAGUCCAUCCUGACACCCUGCAGAUGGCGCUGCAAGUCGUGAACAUCCAGACCAUCGCAAUGAGCCGGGCUGGGAUUCAGCCAUGGAAAGCCUACCUCAGUGCUCAGGACGACACUGGCUGUCUGUUCCUAACAGAACUGCUGCUGGAGCCUGCAAAUUUGCAAAUGCAGAUCUCAGUGAAACAAAGCGAGGCGCGGACAGAGACACUGAAGAGUUUUAUUUCUGUUUUAGAAACUGUGAUUGGAACGAUUGGAGACAUAAAAUCAUAAUGGCUUCUUGUCUGUCCUGAGUGAGAUGAAUAGCUGUCAGAGUUCCUUAGUUUUUCUUAUUAUCACUGCUUGUAAGUCCAGAUAAUAUCAAAUGCAAAGGAGAAGGGGAAUUUGGGAGUGAGGAUUCUUCCAUUUUUGUCCAAAGAACAUUGACAUGUUCCUGUCAUACCUAUAGGUUAAUGAUCCCACGUUUCCAAGUGAUGUUGUAAAGGUUAAUGUUGUUGGGGAGAGAGUGAGGGUAGUAUUUGUAUUCUUUUCUAAUUAGUUUAAGGGAUUAUUUUACUAAUUAAAGAUGUCUGAUGUGUCUGGAAACGGACAGGGACAUCAGUUUGUAAAGGUCA